CGCAAAGUGUAGUGGGCGCGGGCCAGCUCUAUGUGAUGGGGGAGGCCAACGGUCCGCCGAAUGCGGCGGGUUACUCUUCCACUGCACCCACUGCUGUUCCCUUUCCAGAGGUGACUAGUUCAUGGCGGGAAGACAGGAAAAACGUGACUUUGCUGCCUCCAAGAAAGUUGCCAGCAGAAUCCCGCUAUGCAGACCUGAUAGAGGCGAGGCAAAGAACUUUGGGCAGCAUGGAUUUGGCAGCCCAGGUGCGGCUACCAACAGGAUGUAGCGAAGAGGAAUGGCUGGCAUUCAACACAGUGGACCUUUUCAAUGAGUUAAACCUGCUGGUUGGUGCCAUCAGUGACAUGUGCACUGAGCACACGUGUCCAACAAUGUCAGCAGGGAGCUUUGGCUGGCAGUGGGCCGAUGGUGACAAAGUCAAGACCCCUCAGCCGCUCUCUGCGCCAAAGUAUAUGGAGAAGUUGUUGGUUUGGGUAGAAUCCCAGCUUGCAGAUGAGACCUUCUUGCCUGUACAGCCCGGGCAACCGUUCUUGCCGAACUUCAAGAAGGGGAUCAAGGUCAUCUACAAGCGCCUCUUCCGUAUUUACGCACACGUCUUCCACACGCACUUCAAGGCUAUGGUGGAUAGUGAUGCCGAUGCUCAUUUGAACCACUCCUUCAAGCACUUCGUCUACUUUGUGAAAGAGUUUGACUUGAUUGAGGAGUCUGAGCUCGAACCAAUGGCUGAUUUGAUAAACCUUCUGAUGCGCAAGCGGGAUGCGGAAGCCAGCGCAGGAGGAGCUGUUUCGCCAUGAUCGAUGCAGUGAGUGAAGCGAUCCGGUCGCCAGAGUUAGUCUAGUGCCCUGCAUUACAGUUGCAAUGCAAUCACAUGC